GUCCACCGUGACGGCAGUUUGCGGAGCUCUCAGAGUCUCCGAAACUGCGACAAGACUUGCUCGUGAGUCAAGCACAUGUAUUCUUCACUUCCCAUCCUUCGACCUUGAAGAAUCGAUCCUACUUAGUACAGAUACGAAGACACAUCUUGAAGGCUACUUGAUCUGUCCUACCGCUGAACAGAAGCCGGAAGAGACAUGCACUGGGAGGGACAUGGCAUUGCAACGAAAAUUCGAGCAACUCGCGCAGAGAGCUCCUCUGAAGUUGCUUCCCUUAAUGGACACAAGGCUCUGACACCAAUAAUCGCUGGCAGCGUGUGUGGAGGUGUGCUAGGCAUCGCAUGGAUCGUUGGCCUCAUCUGGUAUUUACUUAAACGCCGGAAAUCGAAAAAUCGGAAUUCUCCCGAAGAGACCAAUGAGAUGGAACCAUACAUUAUACCCCCAGAUCCAGCUAUCUUGCAAGGAGGCAAGAAACCCAACGAGCACAGCGCACGCACAUCCGUCUAACAAUAAUGUCAUGACCGUCGAUAUCAGGUCUUGAACCGUAUACGCGGUACACCAUGACAUUUCUAGUCUGCGAAUGUCAGAAUUAUAAAAUGACCGAACUACAUUAGAUG